AUGAGACAGACCAACCAGACCCAGGUGACAGAAUUCCUUCUUUUGGGACUCUCUGAUGACCUGCACACCCAGAAGCUGCUGUUCAUCUUGUUCUUAGGUGUCUAUCUGGUCACUGUGCUUGGCAAUCUACUUCUCAUAUUCCUUGUUCAGACUGACUCUCGGCUUCACACACCCAUGUAUUUUUUUCUGUGCAACUUGUCUCUGGCUGACCUCUGCUUCUCUACCAACAUUGUUCCUCAGGCCCUUGUCCAUCUACUAUCAAGGAAAAAGGUCAUUCCAUUUGCACGCUGUGCAGCUCAGCUUCUGCUUUUCCUCAUUUUUGGGUGUACACAGUGUGCUCUUCUGGCAGUGAUGUCCUAUGACCGGUACGUGGCCAUCUGCAACCCUCUGCAUUACCCUAGCAUCAUGACUUGGAGGGUGUGCAUCCAGCUGGCCACGGGAUCAUGGACCAGUGGCAUUAUAGUGUCUGUGGUGGAUACCACCUUCACACUACACCUUCCCUACCGAGGCAGCAACCGCAUCGCUCAUUUCUUUUGUGAGGCUCCUGCACUAUUGACUCUGGCAUCUAUAGACACUCACACUUCAGAGAUGGUCAUUUUCCUUAUGGGGGUUGUGAUUCUCCUCCUACCUGUCUCCCUAAUUCUGGUGUCUUAUGGCUGCAUCAUAGUGACUGUGGUCAAGAUGCAGUCAGCUUCAGGGAGGCUCAAGGCUUUUUCAACCUGUGGCUCCCACCUCAUGGUUGUCAUUCUUUUUUACGGCUCAGGAAUUAUCACUUACAUGACACCAAAGUCUUCCAAAGAGCAAGAGAAAGUGGUGUCUGUUUUCUAUGCAAUGGUGGCCCCCAUGCUUAAUCCCCUCAUCUAUAGCCUGAGGAACAAAGAUGUAAAGGGAGCUCUGAGGACAGUAGCCAUGAGGAAUUUCUCACAUAGACUUAGAAUCACCCUCUGA